UCCGCCAGCCCACCUUGCCUACUCUCUACGUCGGCAGUACUCCUACUCUGUCACCACUUACCACUACUAAGAGUGACAGGCGCCCGCUGCAUUGAAAGCGUUGAUUACAGCUAUAUCUGGUGACGAGUAGUACUCACUGCGGAUUACUCAGCGCCAGUGUGAUCGCCGUUCGGAAAAAAAAGAGAUUUUCAAGAGGACAACGAAAAUGAACAUUCUUGUUUGCUCUUCUGUGCUUCUAAUAGCGUACUGGGCGUUCUGCGAGGGCCAGACGGACUAUUCAAAAAUGGAUCCGGAAAAGCUGCUAUAUAUUAACUAUACGAAUGAGAUGUUUAACAAAACAGCGCAGCUCUUUUUGAAGUGGGGAACUGGCGGGCUAUUGCAUAACAAUAGAUGCAUCUGCUGGACCUCCAACUCGAGCGGACCUUCCACCCCUAUGUAUCAUCGCAGCCUACGUUUCUUUAACCAGACAAUUAAAGACAGUGGCCACUGGGAACAAAGGGAUACGUAUUGGGCCGCGGGAGCAGUAAACUACACUCCCAAAGUUCGGGUGAUAUCUAAACUGAGAGGCAAGGACGACCCGGAAACCAGCAUUUUUUACACACUUUUCUUUGCAACCCCUACGUGCUUCGUUAUGGGCUUGUUAGAAGUUUACCUUGCAGGUGCGGCGUCCACGGAGUCAGUGAAACCCACACAAUCGCCUACAGGUGAAACAGAUAAUUCAACAUGUCACCUCUGGGCCCAAAGACACAAUAACCAAACUGAUGACAGGGAGAAGUGCGAGAAAGCAUUCACCUCAAACUGCAGUAGCAUACUCGUAGAAGGCAAAUGGUACAGACGUGGACAUAAGAUCUGCAAUUACACAGACGACACAGACAACUUAUAAAUUGCGCCAUUUUGGUAUUUUUAAAGCCCGUUUAGCUAAUUGUAGCAGUGUUUUGAUAACCGA